AUGGCUCUCUCCCCUCCUCCACUCUUCCUGCCAGAGCUGUGGCUGAAGGAGUACAGACCUGAGAGGGAUGGGACCACCUAACCCCUAACCAUGGGGCCCAAAAAAGUGAAGAUCAUGAUGAUGGAACAGGAACCAGUCGUGUUCAUCCAGGCCUGGUGGCGAGGCACCCUGGUGCGCCGGACGCUGCUGCACCUAGUGCUCAGAGCACGGAUCAUUCAAUGCUGGUGGAAGCAGAAGCUGGCCAAGCUGUUGGAGAACAGGCGGAGGGCGGCCCUAGUGUUCUAUGCACAGCAAGAAUGGGCAGUGGUCAAGCUGCAGUCCAGGGUCCGCAUGUGGCGCAUCCGCCUUCGUUUCUGCCGUUUGCUCCAUGCUGUCCACAUCAUCCAGGUUUACUGGCGCUGGCAUAGUUGCCACACUCGUGGCUUGAUUCAGGGCCAUUACGACCUCAAAGAAAACCAACUGAAUCUUCAACUUGAAAUCACUUUGGGCUCACAAGCUUGUAAAGUGCAGCAAUGCAUACCCUUUCCAAUAAAAGAAUGA